AUGAGGCACCAUUAUGGCACAACCACUCUGUUCUUCUUCAUCACUUUCCUUUCUCUCUUCUCCUCAAAAUUUGCCUCAUCUUUAGACACCUUAACAGCAACACAAUCUCUCAUAAAUGGCCAAACUCUCAUCUCCACAAGCCAGGGCUUUGAGCUUGGAUUCUUCACUCCUGGCAAUUCAAGAAACUGGUAUGUGGGGAUAUGGUACAAGAACAUACCAAGAACUUAUGUGUGGGUUGCUAACAGAGACAACCCUCUUUCAAACUCCUCUGGAACCUUCAAAAUCUUCAAUCAAAGCAUUGCUCUAUUUGAUCUAGCUGGGAAAGUCGUAUGGUCAUCCAACCAAACCAAUGCGCGAAACCCAGUUAUGCAGUUGCUAGAUUCAGGAAACCUUGUAUUGAAAGAGCAAGAAAGUGAAAGUGGUCAGUUUUUGUGGCAAAGCUUUGACUAUCCAACUGAUACUUUAUUACCUGACAUGAAGUUAGGCUGGGAUCUGAACACGGGUCUAGACAGGUACUUGAGUUCCUGGAAAAGCAGCGAUGAUCCUGGUACAGGUGAUUUCUCUUUCAAGCUAGAGUAUCAUGGAUUCCCUGAAGUAUUCUUGUGGAAAGAUCAUGAAAUUGAGUAUAGAAGCGGGCCAUGGAAUGGACAAAGAUUUAGUGGUGUACCAGAGAUGAAGCCUGUUGAUUACCUGAGUUUCAAUUUUGUAACUGAGCAAGAUGAGGUAUAUUACUCGUUUCACAUAGCAACCAAGAAUUUAUAUUCAAGAUUGACAGUUACUUCAUCUGGGCUGCUCCAACGAUUUGCAUGGAUUCCAGAGACACAACAAUGGAAUAAAUUUUGGUACGCACCAAAAGAUCAGUGUGACAACUACAGAGAAUGUGGUGCAUAUGGUAUUUGUGACUCGAAUGCAUCACCAGUUUGCAAGUGCUUGAAGGGUUUUCAGCCUAGGAAUCAUCAGGCAUGGGAUUUGAGAGAUGGGUCAGGUGGGUGUGUUAGGAAGACAGAUCUGGAGUGCUUGAAAGAUAAAUUUCUGCACAUGAAGAACAUGAAAUUGCCACAGAGCACAACAUCAUUUGUGGACAGGAGUAUGAGCCUUAAGAAUUGUGAAUUGUUGUGCUCAAGGAAUUGUUCUUGUACUGCUUACGCCAACUCAAAUAUCAGCAAUGGCGGGUCUGGCUGUGUGAUUUGGACCGGAGAGCUCUUUGAUUUGAGACAAUAUCCAGAAGGUGGACAAGAUCUUUUUGUUAGAUUGGCAGCUUCCGAUAUAGGUGAUGGAGGGAGUGCAGACACUAUAAUUAUUUGCAUUGCUGUUGGCAUUGGCAUUUUAAUACUAUCACUAACUGGCUUUUCCAUAUGGAAGAGGAAGAGAUUGCUGAGUGUAUGUAAUGGAACACAGCAGAAAGGUCCUCAAGAGAGAAGCCAAGAUUUAUUGUUAAAUGAGGUGGUUAUAAAUAAGAAAGACUACUCUGGUGAAAAAAGCACAGAUGAACUAGAACUGCCACUGUUUGAUUUUAGUACAAUAGCAGCAGCUACCGGCAAUUUCUGUGACGAAAAUAAACUAGGAGAAGGUGGUUUUGGUUGUGUUCACAAGGGUAGGCUAGUAGAAGGCCAAGAAGUAGCAGUCAAGAGGCUGUCAAAGAAGUCUGGUCAGGGAACAGAAGAAUUCAAGAAUGAGGUCAGGUUAAUUGCAAGGCUUCAACACAGAAAUCUUGUUCGACUGCUCGGUUGCUGCAUUGAGAUAGAUGAGAAGAUUCUUAUUUAUGAGUUCAUGGAAAACAGAAGCCUGGAUUCUGUUCUAUUCAAUAAGGCAAAAAGCUCUCUACUAAAUUGGCAGAGGCGCUUCAACAUCAUCUGUGGGACUGCUAGAGGACUUCUGUAUUUACAUCAGGAUUCCAGAUUUAGAAUUAUCCACAGGGAUCUCAAAGCAAGCAACAUUCUGCUUGAUGGGGAAUGGACUCCAAAAAUAUCAGACUUUGGCAUGGCUAGAAUAUUUGGUGGAGAUCAAACACAAGCAAACACCAGGAGGAUAGUGGGAACAUAUGGUUAUAUGUCUCCGGAAUAUGCAAUGGAUGGGCUAUUCUCAGUGAAAUCAGACGUUUUCAGCUUCGGAGUUUUAGUUUUGGAGAUUGUAUGCGGGGAAAAGAACAGGGGGUUUUAUCACUCAAACAGUGAACUUAACCUUCUUGGGAAUGUGUGGAGGCAGUGGAAAGAUGGGAAUGGAUUGGAAGUGUUAGAUAUAUCAGUUGGCAGUUCAUAUAGCCCUAGUGAAGUUUUGAGAUGUAUACAAGUAGGCCUUUUAUGUGUCCAAGAGCGAGCAGAAGAUAGACCAACAAUGGCUUCUGCGGUGUUGAUGUUGAGCAGUGAAACUGCAUCAAUGCCCCAGCCUAAAACUCCUGGUUAUUGCCUUGGAAGGAAUCCUUUUGAAACUGAUUCCUCUUCAAGCAAACAAGAUGAAUCAUUCACUGUAAACCAAGUUACAGUUACAGUGCUAGAUGCUAGGUAAAAGAAACUGUAGAACUCUUCUAGCAUAUUUGUAUAUUCAUAGAUUUUGUUAUACCUCACCAUUUGUUGUGAUUUACAGUUUUUGUGUA